GUGGCUGUGUUCUGUUCCAGGUUUCAAUCUCUAAAAUCUCUGGUUUUUCGGAUGCCCAUUUGGCCGUGAUGGGCGGCGCUUCAAGGUUCAUCAUGCUGCUCGCUACCACUCCAGUCCCUCAUUUUCAUCCCCGCCCUUGUCUCCUUCGUCUCGCCCGCCACUCUCGCUUCUCUCUUUCAUCUUCACCUCUCACACUCUCUCUUCACUUCCUCUCUAUCUCUCCCGUUUUUAUCCCACAAUACGUUAUCCCUUCAAAAUCCUCGCGACAUAUUCAUAUCCGUAAUAGCGCAGUUAGGGAUGAAGAUUCCGCGGGCCAAUUUCCAAAUUCUUUCGUUUCCCAUCCGUGGCCUGAGUGGUCCAAAUUCAUUGAUGUACUUUCUUCCGCUGGAUACUUUAAUCAACAGGGACAUGGAAUCCAGGAGGAGGACUCAUUUGUGGCGUACGCUGAUUUGUCUGAGGAUUUUGUUCGUAUAGUGACAGCAUCUUUCGAUUAUUCGAGGCGCCAACCGCAACUCCUAUGUUCCCUUUCGAGAAGAGACAUGGUGGUGGUUGUGAACAAUGGGACACCUUUUCUCUUUAGAAGUAGCCUUGAAUCUUCUAGGAGGAUGAAAUCAUUUUUGGGUCUAACUGGAAAUCCAGGGUUGGAACAUGAGGAAGCACAGAUGAUUGACCUGAUGAAGUAUUUAUUAAGUUAUGCAAGCAAACCAACGGUUUCUUCAAACGGAAUACAUAUGCACAUAGGAGAUAACAUUGAAUCAUCAGUCCGUAGCUUGCUAAACGAGUUGAUAAGGUUGAGCUCUGGUAUGGAAGCAUCACAUUUUUCUUCCUUCAAGCAACAUCAAGUUCCUGAUAGUUAUCCACAGAAGCAAAGAUCUCUUGGACCAAAGAUUGAAAUGAAGAGAGGUGAUUGGAUAUGCUCCAGGUGUUCUUUUAUGAACUUCGCAAGGAACAAUAAAUGCCUGGAGUGUGAGGAGGCAAGACCCAUGAGACAACUGACUGGCGGAGAAUGGGCUUGUCCUAAAUGUGAUUUUUACAAUUAUGGGAGAAAUGUAACCUGUCUAAGGUGCGACUGCAAACGACCAGGGGAAGCACCAUUUAGAAGCGCUAACGAAUAUCCUAAAGGAGGCAGCAAUAAUAGUCACAAUACUUUUGUACCAUUUCCUACUGACAUGUUUGCUAAAAAAUCUACAAAUUUGUCAGAGAAUUGUGAGAAGGCAACAACAGAAAUAUUGGGAACUGUUGAUGGAUAUGAUGUCCCUCAAAAGCCACUAAAUGACCAGAAGGAAGAACAAGCUGAGAAGAAGUCAGAGAGUUGGUUGAAGAGACUGGAAGAAUUACAUGAUGUUAGUACCACAGACUCGACAGAUGAUAUUCCAGAAGAGAAUUUUCCAGAUAUCAUGCCUAUGCGUAAAGGAGAAAACCGCUUUGUAGUUAGCAAAAGAAAAGACCGUUCUUUGGUGUCUCCAAUGUAUAAAAGGAAAAUGGCUACAGAGCAAUCAAGCGGUUCCAGUUUUGUGCCUUUUGUCCCAUUUCCACAUGAUUAUUUUGCCAAGGACAAAAAGCAGGCAGAAGGCACACAUCCUGGAGAAGUAAUUACACAUCAAACAACUCCACCAGUUAGUGGCCAAGAUCAUCCAGUUGAACAGACUACUGGAUCACCAUUGAAUACCACAAUGCAAAGUCAAGGGACAAGCUUUAAGCCACCAGUGGGUUCCUCAAAUUCACAGGGAGAAUAUAAGCAGAAUGAGUCGGGUGAUAGAAGAAGGAGCUUGGAGGGUUCGGCAGUACAAGAGGCAUGUGAUCCUUUAGACAUGUCGGAGGAGGCUAAAGCUCAGAGGUGGUUUAGACGGGUUGCACAGAUAAAAGACAUCUCAGAGUUGAGUGAGAUUCCGGAUGAAGACUUCCCUUCAAUUAUGCCAAUGCGGAAAGGUGUGAAUAGGUUUGUCGUGAGCAAAAGGAAAACUCCCCUGGAGAGAAGGUUGACUUCUUCUCAGUACAGGAAGAAUCUUCCUACUGUUACUAGUAGUUCUUCUGAUCAUGUAGUAACUAAGAAUGAAGAGAACAAUGGAAGCUGAACUAACUAUACAGACUUUCUGAAACAAUACCAACAAAUUAAUAUGCUCUCAUUGUUUCACACUUUAAAUGUUACAGGCUGUUGUUGUAACUGACAUUAUUUACCAGAAGUGCCUGGAUUUGAUAUGAUUUGAUGGAUGUAUUUUUAUUCUUGGUUA